AUGCAAUUUUUGAAUUAUGUCACUUUUCUAUCAACGGAGCGAUAUGCUCAUAAUUUUUAUUCCGGAAUACCGUUAGUUAAAACAUUACUUGAUCAAAAGUGUCUGUCUUGUGGCACACUAAGACCAAACCGAAAAGGAGUUCCCAAAGAAUUCACAAAGAAAAAUAAGAAGGGUGUAGUUAUUGGCAGAGAGAAAAGCAAGAUAAAAAUUAUUAAAUGGCUAGACAAAAGACCUGUUUUUAUGAUCACGACACAUCCUGCUCAUAAUGCUACACUAGAAAAAAAGCGUAAAGAGGAAGAUAUAUUGAAACCACAGUGUGUCAUUGAUUAUAAUUUGGCGAAAAACGGUGUCGACUUCAGUGACCAAAUGUCCUCUUAUCAUACUGUUGUACGUAAAUGGUAUCGCAAAGUUAUGUUUGAAUUACUACUGGGCACGACUGUGGUGAAUUCGUGGAUUGUUUAUAACAUGGUUUCUGAUACAAAGCUGAGCAUUAUGGAAUUUAGAACACAACUAGCUAAAGAUCUAGUAAUAGAACAAGCGGAAGUCCCAAAGCAGCCAGUUUCAUCGAGAAAGAGGCAACACACUUUCGUGAAACCUGAAGGUCCAAGGAAGAAAGAAGAGAAGACCAUGUACUGGAUGUUACAAAAAAUUGCGAAUAACUAUAACCAGUCGCGAGGCUGA